AUGCAGAUGUGGCUCCCCGCGAGCGCCGGGGGCCUCCUGAUUUAUUUGGUGACUCUCCACGUCCUGCGGCUGGGAUCAGCUGACUUUACUGUGGUGGGACCAGACCGCCCUCUCCAGGUCACCGUGGGGCAGUAUGUCGUGCUGCCAUGUCACUUGUCCCCCCGUGCGGACACUCGGAGCUUGGACAUCAGGUGGAUUCGGCGUCAUGUCUCUGAAACGGUGCACCACUACCGAAAUGGAGAGGACCUGUAUGGGGAUCAGAUGGAGGAAUAUGUUGGGAGGACAGAGCUGGUCAGAGAUGGUCUCUCCAGUGGACGCCUGGACUUGCGAAUCUCUGGGUUGAGACCCUCUGACGAUGGUCAGUACGUCUGCACUGUGACAGAUGGUGCCUCUUAUGGAGAAGCUAUGGUGGAUCUGGAGGUGGCAGCCACAGGCUCUGUCCCUCAGCUCUCCCUCGAGGCUUACAAGGAUGGAGGAAUGUGGGUGGUGUGUCAAUCGGCCGGCUGGUACCCACAACCGGAGGUGCUGUGGAAAGAUCCCGAUGGGCAGCGUCUCCCCUCAGUCUCCCAGAGACGUUCCUCGGAUGUGAGGGGCCUAUUUGACAUCGAAGGCGUCAUCGUUGUGACUGGGAACAGACAUGGGAACUGGUCCUGCGUGGUCAGGAACAGCCGCCUCAACCAGCAGCAGGAGACGUCCCUGCACAUCUCAGAGAAAACAGUUGCAGGACUGAAUGCCUGGAGAAAGUUUCUGCUUCCCCAUCAUCCAGACGUGGUGACCCUGGAUCCAAACUCGGCUCAUCCUGAUCUUGUCCUGUCAGCAGAUGGGAGAAGUGUGAGAUGGGGAAGAGCACGUCAGGACCUGCCCGACACCCCUGAGAGAUUUGACACUCGGUGCUGUGUGCUGGGCCAGGAGGGCUCUCCUCGCACCUCCCUGUCCCCGAUCCCCAUCCCCACGAGAUUCUGGGUCUGUCUGGACUGCAUGCAGGGGGAGGUGAGUUUCAUUGAUGCUGACAGCGGGGUCGAGAUCUUCACUUUCCCACCAGCCUCCUUCAAUGCAGAGAUCAUCCGACCCUGGUUUUUGCUGGAAACGGAGGAAACCGAACUGUGCCUGAGGGACUGCACCUCCUAG